GGUUAUUUGGUUUACGUGGUUAAAACCCUACUAAAAAGCACAAUUUUAUAGCUUUUUUUCCAAUAUUUACAUCAUUUCUACGUUAGCUACAGGUGCUGAACACAUACACCCGAACGCCUGAAUGACAGGCUGAAUGCGUGAGAACAAUAUCGCGCAAAUGUGAGUCACAGAACAAAAGCAACCGACCACCGACCAACCUGUUGGUUAUUCGCGGAUGCCAUCAUCCGCAGCGCGCAAAUCGAACCAAUAGUGAAAAAAGCGUGUGUGUGUGUGUUUGUGUGCACUAUUUCCUAAAUAUUUGAACCGGUCGCACCGGUCCAUAUGGGGUAGCCCCUCUCACCACCAUCUUCUUCUGGGGGAAAAAUAAAAACACACCAGUGCGCGCGAUCAUUGGCACUAGCAGCGCAGGCAACCCUUGCGCGGCUUUAUCAAAAGUGCAUAAGGGCUUGGAUGGGAAACUCGCCUACCUACCUACGUACCACCCACUUCCCCCACCCCGCCCUUCCUCCGACGUCUUCUGGUGACAAAAGAAAGUGCGGCACGGUUGUCGUCGUGUGAUAUCGCUGCGUAAACAUCAUCGCGCACGGUCUUCUCCCGCAGUUCCUUACUAAGUUCGGUCGCGCAACGGUGGCGGAUUACGCUUUUUUUUGACAGCGCUUUCUGCGGGUGACGACAAUAGCAGGCGCGUUCGGUGGGGGGGGGAACGAUCGUUUGUGAAGAGAAAACAACACAGUAAAGGGAGGAAUAGAACUGUUCCCUCCCUGGAAGGGCGUGUUCUGUACGGGUGUCGAUCGAUUCGUGGGCCCAUUCGUGAGCCAUUCCGUGCCGUGCUGUAAGGAGAAAGAAAGAAUGGCUUUCUUCUUUAACUUUGUCGCAAUCAGCUUUUUCGUGUACCACCUGGUACGGUUUAUAAUGUGGGCCGUGCUGGAUUCGGACAUUGAGCUUUUCUUUCUGUCCAAACUGGGCAAACCCAUCUCGUCACUUCGAGGGAAAGUGGUGUGGAUUACCGGAGCGUCGAGCGGAAUCGGACGGGAUCUGGCGAUCGCACUGGCUAGGCAUGGCGUGAAGCUGUGCAUUUCCGCCCGUAACAUUUCCGAACUGCUAAAGGUGAAACAGGCCUGUAUAGCACAAUCGAAUGGAAGCCUCGGACCGAACGAUGUGUACGUGCUGGAGAUGGAUAUGUUGCACCUGAACCAUCACAACGACUACUUCAACAUGGUGCUUGACCACUUCAAAACGGUGGACAUUCUGGUGAACAAUGCGGGCCGAUCGCAGCGCGCCGAAUGGGCCUCGAUCAACAUCAAGGUGGACCGGGAGCUGUUCGAGCUGGAUGUGUUCGCCGUGGUGAACCUGUCCCGCGUGGCGCUCAACUUUUUCGCCCGCAACUCGAUGAAGGGUCACCUGGUGGUGACGAGCAGUACGGCGGGUCUUAUUGGUGCACCGAACUCUGGCACGUAUACCGGUGCCAAGCAUGCCCUACAUGGAUACUUUGAAGCGCUAAGAAACGAAUACCCCAACGUGCACGUUACGAUGUUCUGUCCCGGACCGACCGCGACCAACUUCCUGCAGGAAUGCUUCACCGAGACACCGGGCGCGAAAUACAACCACUCGGUACAACCGACCGAUCGCCGCAUGACGAGCGAACGCUGCGGCCACCUGUACGCCCUAGCGAUCGCCAACAAAACCCAUCUCAGCUGGGUCGGACCGUUCCCGAUUAACGUGCUGCUGUACAUCGGCCUCUACUACCCGAACCUGAAGCGAGUAUUGCUGAAAAUUGUUGGCAUGGAGCGUCUGAAGCGUAUUCGCGAUACUCACGAAUAGGUGCUAACGAAUUGAACAUGGAGGAAAAAAAACCCGCGCACACACACGCACGCUCGGUCAGUCGCGAGCCAACAUUCCAGCAGCUGGCAUCAUCUUUGCAACACAUGCAGCAUUUAUAAGUUGAUGCUUUUUGAUUUGUUUUGUAUUAUGUUUUUGUCACAACUGUUUCCAAUGUAGAUCAAUUUAUACACACACACCAAGAUAUUAGCGCAUGGCCAUUGUCCAUAGUUGUUGUUUGUUUUAAAAUAAAAUUAUUUAAACACUAUUAUUAACACUUAAAA